GAGCAGCGACUGCAUCACAGGGAGACCUGCGCCUCUUAAAUAGCGUGAGAUUCCCUCUUUCCCGCAUAACCGACGCGAGCAGUCACCUACACCAGUGUCUCUCCUCUCUCUUCCUUCAUUACCACCUCUUGACCGUCCCAGCAUGCCUUCCAACCUGGAUUUACAAGGUGGAAAAGCCUUCGGGUUACUCAAAGCACAGCAGAGGGAGAAGCUGGAGGAAAUCAAUAAGGAGUUUAUGGAAGAUCAGAAGUACAGGGAUGAAGAGGAUUUACCAGAUAAGUUGGAUUCUUUAAAAAAUAAAUAUGCUGAGUUUGACCUGAAUGAUCAGGGAGAGAUCGACAUGAUGGGCUUGAAGCGAAUGAUGGAGAAGUUGGGUGUGCCAAAGACUCAUCUGGAGAUGAAGAAAAUGAUCUCGGAGGUGACAGGAGGUUGCAGCGACACCAUCAACUACAGGGACUUUGUAAAAAUGAUGCUUGGCAAGCGGUCAGCUGUUCUCAAACUGGUUAUGAUGUUUGAAGACAAAGCUAAUGGGACCAGCUGUAAACCCGGUGGACCCCCUCCCAAGCGUGACAUCACCAGCCUACCAUAGACCAGUGGAGAUGGAUUUGAUUGACAUCCCUGCAUUCACAAAUCCCGCCCAUUUAACAUUAGGGGCUAGGUUUCUAUAGCCUUACCUAGAAUCUUUUUGCCAAGAUCCAGGGAAAAUCUUAGUUCAUAGACUGACAAAAUUAAGAAAAAAAAAAAGUGAAAGAUGUCUAUAUUUGCUGUGAAGUCGAAGCGCAAAGUAGCUUUUUAUAAGUAAACAAAUGUAUAUAUUUAUAUGAAAAAGGUGUUUUUGAAUAGUGUUUACAAGCACAAAUCCUGGAAGUUUAGUGUGUAACACUGCAAGUGUACCAAGUAUAAAGUGCACAGGAUGACACAAUUUUAGCUUGCAAGGCAGAUUUUAAGAAUCAAGAUUGAGAAUUAAGAUAUUUCGUCUUUCCCCAUAAUGUGUGAUUUUUUUUUUUAUUUUUUCAUUUCAGUACAUUCGUGUUUGCCAUUUGAGUCGCUUGAAGAGUUCUUUAGCUUAUGCUUAACACCGAGUCCUAUAGUGUGACAUCAUAGAUGUGCAUGAGGCUCUUGUAAGAUUCAGUUAGUGCUCAGCCAUGAAAAAACGUUUCAUUUAGCUUGAUCUGCUUCUAAAGCAGGAUUUCCUUUGUAACAUUUUUAUACAGGAAGGCGCAGGGAGUGAGAACGCUGGGAUUUGAGUGAGGGAGAAGGCAAAAAGGGACGCCCGUUAAUUCAUCAAACUUUCUUUGCUCAUUCUCUGUCCCUUUUUUACUUUCCACAGUCUUCAGACUUUCUUUUUAACUUGUUUGUAUGCGUCCAAAUGAUUAAUCUGUAAUGUUACUGUACCAUAUAAGCACAUUAACUGUUAAGUACACACAUCUUGUGCAGAUAUGCAUUUAUAAAUUCUCCUGCUUGAAUUGGAAAUGAUGUUGUAGGAAAGAUCCGCAGCAGGGUUGAUUUUAGUCACUAUGGCCCUCUUUCCAAGUGCCUCACUCAGUUUGAUGUAGCAGAGGUUUUGAGUGAUGAUUGAGUGAAGCAUCUUUGAAACAGAUUUUGUGUGUUUGCACGUGUGCUUGGAAUUUAUAUUCUGUUGAGUCGUAUUCUGAGACAUUCCAAGAAUGUCGUUGUGUGGUGGAGUCCUUGGAAAUGUUGUCGUGUUUUAACCCAAGCAGACUUGCAUGUUGUGCAGCUCCAAUGUGUAUAUUCCAGUAGUGCUUUUGUUUUGUUUUUUUGUUUUACACUGUCCUCAAGUUUUCUUUCUAUAAGAUGUGCUACGUUAUGGCACAAAUGAUCUCAAGAGGUAUUUUUUUUUUUUUUUUUUUUUAAGUUUAAGAUGAUGAAAUGACAUCACUCAGCCGUAGCAGGUGUGGCUUUCACUUCCAUUUCAGACUGCAAACAAAGCAACAUUUAUUUGAUUCUGUCACAUGUCAUGUUUUCUGAGUUUUAUUUCUGUGCCUCUGUUCAAGUUUAUCUUGUAGACAUGCUUUUGUUUUCCUUUUAAAAUCAGUGAAAUGUGAAUUGAGGGCUGCACUGUAUUGCUAUUUAUUAGAAAUGCAUUUUUAAUGAGUUAUUAGAAUUAUGAAUAGUUUUCUGUCAGCAUAUUAAUUUGCAAAGGCAUUUGUGAACUUUUUCAUAUCUUUUUUUUUUUUUUUUUUUUGCCAAACACCAAAGGAAGUAAAUACCCUACUGUUACACCUGAA